CAUCAAUUCAUCCACGUCAUCAUCACCACCAUCAUCUUCUUAAGAGUUGGUGCCAGCCACUGAUUAUUUCUGGUAACCAAAAUGAACUCUUUUCCCUUCCAUCUAACGGCCACUCCCAUUCCUACUCUCUCUCACCGCCACCUCCACAUUUCUCAUCAGAUUCUCCGCCGCCGCCAAUAUGCUCUCACAACUCCCCGCUGCUUCUCCACCGCCGCCGCCAUGACCGCCGGAAGUACAACUUUUCUUCAAGACGCCGGAGCUACUGCUGCUGUACUCACCGGCGCUUAUGGCCUUGUUCUCACCUUCGAUACUCUCACUCAGCGUAACAUUAUCCAUCAGAAAUUGAGUAGAAAACUUGUUCAUAUACUAUCCGGAGUGCUUUUCGCAAUUUCUUGGCCUAUUUUCAGCAACUCGCCGGAGGCUCGCUACUUUGCUUCUAUAGUCCCACUUAUUAAUGGCUCAAGGCUUGUAAUUCAUGGACUUUCUUUGGCUACCGAUGAAGGGCUUAUCAAAUCCGUCACUCGAGAAGGAAACCCAGAGGAAUUGCUAAAAGGUCCAUUAUAUUAUGUCAUUGUAUUAAUUGUAUGUUCUUUGGUCUUUUGGCGUGAAUCUCCUGUUGGGUUGAUAUCUCUGGCGAUGAUGUGUGGUGGGGAUGGUGUGGCCGAUAUAAUGGGAAGAAAAUUUGGAUCAAUGAAACUUCCGUAUAAUCAAAACAAGAGCUGGGUGGGAAGCAUAUCCAUGUUCAUUUCCGGAUUCUUGAUUUCGAUCGGGAUGUUGUACUACUAUUCAGCUUUGGGAUAUUUCGAGUUGGAAUGGAUAUCGACUGUUCUAAGGGUUGCUUGGGUUGCUUUAGUGUCAACAUUAGUAGAGUCCCUUCCAACUACCGAGACUGUUGAUGACAAUAUAUCCGUUCCUUUAACAAGCAUGCUAGCAGCAUCUCUAUGUUUCGGCUUCUAGCGUAUCGAAUUAAGGUAGAAUCAUAUGUAAGUUCGGCUUCUAGCUUAUGGUAAUUUUAGUUUUUUAGUUUCUUCAUGGUUAGAAUAGUUAUAGGUACUUGUGUUGAAUUUUCUAGUUUAAUACUGUAGCCCCUCUGUAUGUGCUGUAAUUUUAGUUUUCAUCUUUGUUCUAUAUUUUACUGGGUUUUAAAUCAAAUAAGUGUUGUUGGCUGA